AUGUCACAAGACGCCAUUGCCACACUCGAGGCUCGCGUCGUCGCCGCGGAGCGUCUCGCCGAACGCGCUCACGCCCGCGGCGCGAUCGAGAACAUCUUCUCCAAGUACAUGCACCUGCACAACGUCUUCCGGGACGAGGAGAUCAAGCCGCUCUGGGUGAAGCGCGGCACCGAGGGCAUCCACGCGCAGUACACAAACGUCGGCGUGUACACGGACUACGAGUCGGUCAUGAAGUACCACUCUGGCCGGCCGAGCCCCGUGGGGAAGCUGAUCCUGCACAUGACUAACACCCCUGUCAUCGAGGUCGCCGAGGACGGGCAGACUGCCAAGGGCUUCUGGCUCAUGAAUGGCCUGGAGAGCGGGACUACGGAUCCGAGCAACGUCGGCGCCAUGCCCGAGAACCUCUACGAGCCUGUCGAGAAGAACGUCCAGGGCAAGAGAGUGUGGGCGCACUGGGUGUGGUGCCAGUACGCGCUGGACUUCCUGAAGCAGGAUGGCGAGUGGAAGAUCUGGCAUUUCCGGUGCUUGGAGGUCGCGCGGGCGCCGUACAGCGAGAACUGGAUCUCAUUUGCAGAGAAGAACCAGUUCGCCUUCGACAAGGAUUUGGCCUACUUCGGAGACGACGGCAAGGCCGUAUUCAUGCCCCAGGUUGACAAGCCCGCCGAGAGCAGGUCGGACAUUUACAGCCCGCAUCGGGUACAGAAGCUGGCGGUCAAGCUGCCAGAGCCAUACAAGACUUUCACAGAUGUUCCGGAAUAUUGA